UAAUUAACCACCCAUAUGUCCAUUCCCACGAGAACAGGUGAACAACCAACCAAAGAUACUCAAACCCUCGAAUCUCGAUGAUUCAAAGUUCUUCGUCUAGUACAAAAUUUCAAAUUUGAGGGUCAAAAAACUAAUUAGGGUUUUUUUUUGGGACGGCGAACAUGUCGAUAGGGAGGCCCAAGGAGCUUCAGGUGGUGAACAAGCCGGAGCCGUCGGCUGGCUCGAAGGCGCUUGUCGAGUACACGCCGCCUGUAUUCAAGGAGGAAGAGGAGGACCUGGAGAUCAAGCUCCGGCGGAUCCUCGACAACGUUCCGGUCCGCGUCAGCAACACCUCCGGUAGCUCCGCCGGUUCCGGUUCCGGAGACUUCCACCAGUAUCGUCAAAUGAGACGGAAAGAGCAAGAUCGGCUUGCUAGGAUGGACGUCGACUACCAAAGAAGAAAAGAAGUGGCUGAAUUCAAUAUGAGAAGGGAGGAAAGAAUGAAAGCUGCUGAGGAACGGACAGCGAAGAAGCGUUUGAAACGACAAAAGAAAAAGCAAAGGAAAAAGGGGAAGAAAAGCGAAUUGAAUGGAGGAGGAGAAGAUCAUCAUAAAGAAGAAUCUUCGGAUGAUGAAGGUGAUUCUGAUGAUGGUGAGGAGGCAGCAAAAUGAAUGAAUAAGCUUCUACCAUAGUCUUAUUUUCUAGUAUUGGCUCAAGAUUUACAUUAGCAUCUUCAAGUAAAAGGACAAUGGGGCACACUAACUUCUUUUGGAUUUCGGUUUCUGUAUUCUACUCUUUUGCCGUUUGUGGAUCAGAUAAUCUGAAAUGGUUGGUUCGAUUAGACAAAUUUGCUACCCUUCUUGCUGAUGGACUGCUGCCUCUUCUACCCAAUUGGAAUGUCGAUGACUUGUGUAGAACAUAAUGGAUUGAGUUUUGUUUGUUUGAGAUGUCCAUAUAAAUAAAUGGACUGGCAGAUCCUACUUUUGAGGUAUCCUCAUCAUUGUAUCUUUAUUUAUUAUUUUUAUUUUUUAAUGACAAGGAACUCCUUCGACAUAGA